AAAUCAUGGAGCCUUCCAAGACCUUCAUGAGAAACCUGCCAAUCACACCAGGCUACAGCGGCUUCGUGCCAUUCCUCAGCUGCCAAGGAACGUCCAGGGAGGAUGACAUGAACCACUGUGUGAAAACCUUCCGGGAGAAAACACAGCGCUAUAAAGACCAGCUGCGGGAAUUUUGCUGCGCAGUGGCCACUGCCCCGAAACUGAAGCCUGUCAACUCCGAGGAGACGGUCCUGCGGGCCCUGCACCAGUACAAUCGGCAGCACCACCCCCUGAUCCUGGAAUGCAAAUAUGUAAAGAAACCUCUCCAGGAGCCCCCGAUCCCUGGCUGGGCAGGCUACCUGCCAAGAGCCAAGGUCACUGAAUUUGGCUGUGGCACGAGAUACACUGUCAUGGCCAAAAACUGCUACAAGGACUUCCUGGAGAUCACGGAGAGGGCCAAGAAAACACAUCUGAAACCAUAUGAAGAAAUAUACGGAGUUAGCUCCACAAAAACUUCUGCUCCUUCUCCAAAAGUUUUGCAGCAUGAAGAGCUGCUGCCAAAAUAUCCCGAUUUUUCUAUUCCAGAUGGAAGCUGCCCUGCCCUUGGAAGGCCCCUGAGAGAGGACCCCAAAACUCCAUUGACAUGUGGCUGUGCUCAGAAGCCAGGUAUACCAUGCAGUGGGAAGAUUUAUCUAGAGCCACUGUCCUCCGCAAAGUAUGCAGAAGGCUAG